AUGGCACUGAUCCGAGCGGCCAAAUAUGCGACACUUCUUGGAGUGGGCGGCACUUCCCUCCAUGUGUUGCACCGAAACGAUUGGUAUGUCAUCUCAGUGUCACAACUGAUGCUAUUGACAGUUGAUAUGCUGUACAAGGACGCGCGUAACAUAGGAGUGGUACGUAUGGGUCGGGCGGCGGUGACUGUGAGCCAAAUAGCGGUG